GGCAGUUGCAGUGUUUACCUAUAAACACUGAAAGCAAUAAAUUGUUUAAUCAUAUGAAACAUUCAGAAUGAUAUCUGGCUCAUGUUAGCUCUUAUUUUUGUCACCAUCAUGUUGUCUAUGCAGGGCUGGACGGCUGGGUGGCCGAUGCUAUGUGCUUAUUGUGUGUCUCGCAUUGUGGGUUGGCCGAGGAUGAGCUGCUCCAGCUUUUGGACAUGGUGGGCUACAGGAAUCAUUACAAAGUGACCACGCUGCACUGGGCUGCCUUCCGCAACGCCACCAAACAGUGGGUCCAGGAGAAGCCGAAUGGGCUCCUGUACUUCCGGCACCAGUCCCUGCGAAACGCCGUGGAGCACAAGCUCCUUGAGCCGAUCCAUGACGGAGAUGCCUCUCAAAGUACAGAAUGCCCUUGGAGAGCUGUACCUUGAAAUUGGGUUGACUCAAGAAGGGUUCCAGUAUUUCCAGAAAGCAUGGUCCAACCUGCUGUGUUUUUCACUCAGUGACUUAAAAGACAGCCAGAACUUGGUGAAGCAGAAAGCAGGUCAGUUACUGACAAAUGACUCUUGUCACCACAUCAUGAUUGAGGCAGUAGGCUAUUUGUACAGAUCACUGGAUUUAACGGCAACCUACCUGGGAUCUUCUCAUUCAUCAAUCCAUGGAAUCCUACACAUUCUGGGGGAAAUCAAGCAGAUUUGGAGCAAGAGAUGUUGGCCUCAAGGUAUGAGCCAACAAUAUUCUGAGGGUUCUAGGAAUGGCUCGUCAUUAUGGGAGCACUUGCUUAAAUUAAACUACCACAGUGCUCACAGUUCUAAAACAGUGAGCUCUGCAAUGUGCAUGCGCACAGAUAAGUUACAAAGAGCUAAAAGCACGACAGACUUGGGACCUCACACAAUUUCGGAUAAGUCAAAAUGUGCAAAAGGGAAAAAGAUCUUGAAACCCAUUCUUCCCAUUUCUGCUGAGGAAAAGGCCCAACGGAAGACACCAAAUAUUGUUAAAUACGGACUAGCCCAGGAAAAGAAGCAGCAAAGAAAAAGAAGGACUAUUCUCCUAAGAUUUUAUCUUUUGGUAGAACGAAUGGUUUUGUAA